AUGGAUCUCAAAGUAGAAACCGAAGAAAUGGACGCAAAUCAGCCUCCAUCGCUGGAAGUUUUUGCGCACAGCUCGACCCUGCACGGGAUCUCUCACAUCUUCACCUACGAGCGGUUCUGUAUCAAACGCUGCCUGUGGAUGGUGUUUUUCUUGGGCUCCCUGACCUUCUUGUUGUACGUGUGCGUGGACAGGAUCAAAUUUUACCUCGAGUACCCGCAUGUCACCAAACUGGAUGAGGUCACGACCCCGAUCAUGACAUUUCCCGCGGUCACCUUCUGCAACCUGAACGCGUUUCGCUUCAGUCGGGUGACUCGCAAUGACCUGUACCACGCAGGAGAGCUGCUGGCCCUGCUCAACCAGAGGUAUGAGAUCAGGGACAUGCAUCUCGUGGAAGAGAACGUCCUGGAGAGCCUGAAGGUCAAAGCCGACUUCCACAAUUUCAAGCCGCGACCCUUCAACAUGCUGGAGUUCUACGACCGCACCGGUCACGACAUCAACGACAUGCUGCUCUCCUGCCACUUCCACGGCACCGAGUGCAGACCGGAGGACUUCAAAGUGGUCUUCACUCGCUACGGGAAGUGUUAUACCUUUAACGCAGGGGGUGAUGGACGUCCUCCCCUCAUCACCACCAAGGGAGGCAUGGGUAAUGGACUGGAGCUCAUGCUGGACAUUCAGCAGGAUGAAUACCUGCCUGUCUGGGGAGAAACAGAUGAGACAUCAUUUGAAGCUGGGGUCAAAGUUCAGAUCCACAGUCAGGAGGAACCCUCUUUCAUUGAUCAGCUCGGGUUCGGAGUAGCUCCUGGAUUCCAGACGUUUGUUUCCUGCCAGGAACAGAGGCUGAUAUAUCUUCCCCCACCCUGGGGUGAUUGUAAAGUGACGCCCAUGGAUUCAGACUUCUUCGACAGCUACAGCAUCACAGCCUGUCGCAUUGACUGUGAAACACGCUACCUGGUGGACAACUGCAACUGUCGCAUGGUGCACAUGCCGGGCGAUGCACCCUACUGCACCCCCGAGCUGUACAAAGAAUGUGCUGAUCCAGCUCUUGAUUUCCUGGUGCAGAAAGACAAUGAUUUCUGCAUUUGUGAGACACCGUGCAACAUGACCAGAUACAGCAAAGAGUUGUCCUUUGUCAAAAUCCCCAGCAAGGCCUCUGCUAAAUAUCUUGCAAAGAAAUACAACAAAUCUGAGCAGUAUAUCAAGGAAAACAUCCUGGUUCUAGACAUCUUUUUUGAGGCUCUCAACUAUGAAACUAUUGAACAGAAGAAGGCUUAUGAAGUGGCUGGACUUUUAGGUACAGCUUGUGUUGUAAUACUGACAAAUUUGUUUGUGUUGUUUGGAAAAAAAAUGUUUUACUACAUUAUAUGCUUUCAUUUUACUACUCCAGGUGAUAUUGGUGGUCAAAUGGGACUUUUUAUCGGGGCAAGCAUACUCACCAUUCUGGAGAUAUUUGACUAUCUUUAUGAGGUAAUAAAGUUCAAGCUGUGUCGCUGCUCUAAUAAGAAGCACAAGCACAACAACAACAAUGACCAGGGCACGGUCCUGAGCUUAGAUGAUGUCAAGUGUCACGUCAGUAACUUUCACUAG